CCUGGACCGGAAGUGUGUCGCACCAGCUUCCGUCAAUCCACAGACAUGGCGCUGACUAAAACCGUCUACAAUCUGCUCUUCAGGAGAACGUCCACUUUCGCUGUAACCAUCAUGGUUGGAGCGAUCUUAUUUGAACGAGUAUUUGACCAAGGUGGUGACGCUAUCUUUGAGCAAAUGAAUCGCGGGAAACUAUGGACUCACAUCCAACACAAUUACGAGAAGGAAGGCGAGGAAUAGGACGCCGCGGGGUUACCUAGGGCUGAAGUGCAACUGUUGUCACACUUCCAUUAUCCAUUCUUCCUGGACUUCACACCUCGCAUCAGUCAACAUGGACAAUGUGCUCAAAGUCAUGCUUAGUGGGACCUGUGGGACCCCUUUGACUGUCCAGACCACCAUGAAGAUGGAGCAAUGGUUAUUGACACCUCCUUCCUGUUGUUAUGUCAAGCCUUCGUCUCCUCACAUAUUGUAAAUGGUUAAAUUAAACGUGUUUUAAUGUCGUA